ACGAUGCAGUCCAUGGAAUUCGUCCAAGCCGAUCAUGAGUUUGCCGCGAAUAUCCAGAGGAGAAACGUCACCACCCCAGACGAGUCAAGAUGGGAACUUAGCAACACAAAUCAGCAUGGUUUUGCUGCUGCGCAUGACAAGUCUGGGUCUCUAGUGUACAACUCGUGGUUGGCUAGUAGUGAUGAAUUAUCCGCAUCGCAAACCUAGCUCCUCAUCCUGGCUAGAGCAUGACAAAGUCCCGGUGAGCAUGAGAAAGUGCUGCUCUUGGGGUUGCGCAUGAGAAACAUGGUAGGCAUGCAGAUUUGCAUGACAAAUCUGGGGUGGGGACGUUUUUACAUGGGAUAGCGAACAUCGCACUGAUCGGAGGAGAACAAAUGGUGGAACGCCAGAUCGCGCA